CCGAGGGUAUAUAGGGACCUGGACGCAUCGCGUGCGGACAGACCAGAUUACAGUCAGGAGAGUCGGUGGGGGGUUCCGUUAAACUAGCGACCACAGCAGGAGAGGACGCCACUUAUUAAGAUAAAAUUGUAUUAUUUCAAAAGGAUCAAUAAACGAAAUCAACACAAAGUAACAAAUGAACACGGGGACUUGGGCAGGACUGAACAGUGACCAGACACAGAGACGGUGGAGGAAAAGCAGAUCUGCAGGAGACAGAGGAGGUGUUUUAUCUGUGAAGGAGACGCAGAGGAGGUGUUUUAUCUGUGGAAGAGGUGGCAGCUGGAUUAGCUGCUACUGAGAGGAAGGACUGACGCGAGUGAACGAGUGUGUGUGAGAGAAGCAAAGAGGGGAAGAGAGAGACAUCGGACCUGAGGGAGAGGAGCCGCCGUGCGUGCGCGUGGUUCUCGGAGGGAUUAUCCUGCUGACCCGUGCGGUCAGUCCAUCGGGAGCGGCGCUGUUGCCUUGGAUUUGGGCUCAGGGUCCUCCUGAUCUCUAGCGCCGCGCUACGCUGAAUCGAGGAGGAAGAGGAGGAAAGAGUCACGAUGAAGUACAGCAGCUACAGCUUCCCCCUGGCGCAGUACUCCCCCACGCGCUACAGCAGCUACACGCCGUCGUCCACCUACACGCCCUCGGCGGUCAGCAGCUACUCGGCCGCCACGCAUUACACGCCCACGUCCCACCUCACUUCCUCCCACUACACGCCCACCCACUACUCGUCCUCGUCCACAGCGUCCAAGUACCUGCCGUCCAGCUACUCGUCCUCCUACACGCCGUCCCUCUACACACCUGUGGCGCAAAUUAAGCUGUCCUCCAUUACCGUCCCUGUAGAUCCCUCGUCC